UAUUAUUUAACUUGUUCUUUUUAUGCGUAAACUUAUUAAUCCGAUUACUUAAGCGUUAACUUAUUCUUUAAAGCAUAAUCCAUUUUUAACUUACACUUGGAAAAAUUCGGUUAAGAGAGUGGUUAUUAGUUUUCUGUUCAUCAUUUUCUCAUUCUUUCUUCCCCCCAAAGCCCGAAAAAAUAGGGUUGAGCAAGAUUUUAGAAGUAUGAAAGGGAAGUUAGAAGUUAAUGGUGAUUAGUAAAAUAUAAUUAGGAGUAUGUGAAUGUGGUUAUUGUAGAACUAUUAUGGGGAACUCUACAAGCAAAGUUCUAAGUGACAUUGGUUCUUUGAUCGGAAAUGUUAUCGCAACACCAUUCAAAUCCGUCUUUGGUCGAUCAUGCCAGGACGUGUGUGAUGGAAGAUGGGAUGUUGUUUGUUUUGUCGAGCACAUUUGCGUAGCCGACUUGGUGAAAUUUCUGCUAGCUUGUUGUCUCUUAUACAUAUGCCUAAUUUUCGUGUACUUGUUAUAUAAGUUGGGAUUAUGCCAAUGCAUAGCAAAGACACUAUGUAAGCUAUGUUGGGCGGUUUGUGAAACUUCAUGCUUGACACUAGACUACAUUUGUUGUUUUUGUUGGCAUAAGAUUCGGUACACCAAACGGGUUUAUCGUGGCAGACGACGUCGUCUUAGGCGACAACUAAGUAGGGAUGUUGAGUUAGGGUACAUUAGUACAUCUUCUAGUUCAGCUGACGAGGGUGGUGGUUUCAACGAUUAUGGUUCGAGUCUUGGUAGAAAGAGAAAAUCAUGGAGAGAGACAAGAAGACGGCGAAGAAUGAAUCAUGGAAAGAGUGUAAGGUUGAAGAAAGGGCAAGUUUCUGUUCAUCUGAAAGGCAAGUCGCGGCGGAGGAGGAGGAGGAGGAGGAGGGAUCAAGUGAUGAAUGAAGUUCAAAUGUCAAGUUUGAGAAAGAGUAGAAGAAGUAAUACUAUGAAGUUUAAAAAGCAAAGGACAAGAUGA